CACAUAUUACCAUGGCUACAUGCAAAGUUGUUAGUGUUUUCCUCUUUCUGUUACUGGCUUUAGGCAUUUGUUCUGCAACUAGAGCCUUACUUGAAAAUGUUUCUGGAGGUUAUGGUGAAGUUGUAGGGGAGCAUGGCGUUGUUGGCUAUGGAAGUGGUGGUGGUGGUGGUGGUAGUGGAGUGGGCUAUGGAGCUGUUGGGGGACAUGGCAGAGGAUAUGGUGGUGGUGGAGCUAGUUAUGGUGCAGGAGGGGCUGGACAUGGAAGUGGUGGUGGUGAAGGAGGAGGUGCUGGAUAUGAAGCUGGUGGUGAACAUGGAGCAGGAUAUGGUGGUGGUUAUGGUGCCAGAGGAGAGCAUGGGGCUAGCUAUGGAGGGGGAGUUCGUGGCGGGAGUAGUGGCCGCGGUGGUGCAGGCUAUGAUGCUAGUGGAGCACAUGUUGCUGGUUCUGGCAAUCAUGGAGGAGGCGAUAGAGGUUUAGAUAAAGGCGCUCACUGCAAUACUGAUAAAGGUUGUAUUGGUCCUGUAAAUGGUGACAGAUAUGGUACUAAAGUUGAACAUGGCUGCGGUGACGGUGGUUGUCAUGGUAGUAAUAAUAGUGGCAGCUAUGGUUCCGAAGGGGAACAUGGAGCAAGAUAUGGAGGAGGUGGUGGGAGUGGCGAAGGUGGCUAUAUCCCUUGAAAAUACAACCAUAUGACACUCCCUCUAACCGAAACUUCUUGCCCAUGAUACUCAAGAAUACGGUUAAUUUUGGAAGAAGGGAGCUUAUGACUUCUUCCUUUUUUUAAUGAAUAAGAGGAAGUUUAUAAAGUUAUAUAAUUAAGUAUUGAUAUAUGCUAUAUGGAUGUCAAGUUGGUAAGUUGUUAUUAACAAAUAAAAAAAUAAUGUA